AUGCAGAUCCCGCUGUGCGCCGGCUGCAACCAGCACAUCGUGGACCGCUUCAUCCUGAAGGUGCUGGACCGGCACUGGCACAGCAAGUGCCUGAAAUGCAGCGACUGCCAGGCGCCGCUGGCCGAGAAGUGCUUCAGCCGGGGCGACGGCGUGUACUGCAAGGAGGACUUCUUCAAGGCUUUGAGCCACUCUUGGUCUCCUUGGCUCAUGGAAAUAACGCUCCGUGUCUUGGAAAUGUUUGCAGAAGCAGAAUCGACAGCAAAGAGGCCCCGCACCACCAUUACGGCCAAACAGCUGGAAACCCUGAAAAAUGCAUACAACAAUUCCCCCAAGCCAGCAAGGCACGUGAGAGAGCAGCUGUCCUCAGAGACUGGCCUGGACAUGAGAGUCGUGCAGGUGUGGUUCCAGAACAGACGGGCCAAGGAAAAAAGGCUAAAGAAAGAUGCGGGGAGGCAGCGGUGGGGGCAGUACUUCAGGAAUAUGAAACGGUCCCGAGGGAGCUCCAAGUCUGACAAGGACAGCAUUCAGGAGGAAGGGCCGGACAGCGAUGCCGAGGUGUCCUUUACAGACGAACCCACUAUGUCAGAAAUGAGUCACUCCAAUGGGAUUUACAGCAACCUAAACGAAGCGUCUCCUGCUUUGGGGAGACAAGCUGGGACCAACGGCAGCUUCUCCUUGGAACACGCUGGCAUCCCAGCUCAGGACCAGUACCACGACCUCCGAUCCAACAGCCCCUAUGGGAUACCCCAGUCGCCUGCUUCUUUGCAGGCCUUACCAGGUCACCAGCCAUUACUCUCAAGCUUGGUUUAUCCAGACAACGGUUUGGGCAUCAUGGCUCAAGGAGGACAAGGUGUUCCCCAGCCAAUGAGAGUCUUAGGUGGGAAUGGACCCAGUUCAGAUCUCUCCACGGGAAGCAGUGGAGGGUACCCAGAUUUCCCAGCAAGUCCUGCCUCUUGGCUAGAUGAAGUCGAUCAUGCCCAAUUUUGA